CGCCGUGUUCCCCAUGGCACCUCAAUGCUCUGGAAGCUUAACGACCCCAUAAAAAUCACCACAAUGCCGAUUGUUGUGUAGCAAAAUCCUCCGUCUUCAAGCGCUAAGAUGGGAGUCCGCGCAGACUCGCUGUUUCUCACAGCAGCGAACCUAAUUCUUCCUACGUCUAUUCUAAUAUUUGCUACGGCUUUCUUUCCCUAUAAGCCCUUUUUACCCGGUCUUGCAAAAUAUGAGGACACUAGAUAUGGAGCGCCACCAGAGGCUCCGUUCGACAAGGUCAUCUUCAUGGUCGUUGAUGCUCUUCGAAGUGAUUUCGUGUAUUCAGAGAAGUCAGGAUUCAAGUUCACUCAAAGUCUCAUUUCUUCUGGCGCAGCCAUCCCCUUCACCGCCCAUGCCACCUCUCCCACCAUUACCAUGCCUCGCGUGAAGGCCAUCACGACUGGCUCUAUACCGUCCUUCCUAGACGUGAUCCUCAACUUCGCCGAGUCCGACACGACGUCUACUCUCGCACACCAAGACACCUGGCUGGCCCAAUUGAAGGCAAAGGAGGGCGGAAAACUAGUCAUGUACGGCGAUGACACCUGGCUCAAGCUGUUUCCAGACACUUUUAGCCGCGCCGAUGGGACGUCGAGCUUUUUCGUUUCGGUCAGUGGCGCUUGCGGCAAUCCCCGUGUAUGUAGAGCCGUAGAACUGAGACACCAAUGGCAGGACUUUACAGAGGUUGACAACAAUGUGACCCGGCAUGUCCCCGGAGAACUUCUGAAUAGUGAUUGGAAUGCUAUGAUCAUGCACUACCUAGGACUUGACCAUAUUGGACACAAGGCCGGUCCUAACAGUCCCAAUAUGAUCCCAAAGCAAAUCGAAAUGGACGGAAUAGUCCAGCAAAUCUACGAAGCUAUUGAAGGUGAGACUCACCUUGAAAACGCUCUAUUCGUCCUCGCCGGAGAUCAUGGUAUGAACGAUGGCGGCAAUCAUGGCGGAUCUGCCCCUGGGGAAACAUCACCUGCUUUGGUCUUCAUAUCACCCAAGUUGAAGAUGAUUACACCUGGAGUAGAAUGUCCGACGACGCCAAGCCAGGACUUUGACUACUACACUAAGGUUGAGCAAUCUGAUAUUGCUCCGACCUUAGCUGGAUUGCUCGGAUUCCCUGUUCCUCUGAAUAAUCUAGGAGUCUUCAUCCCCGACCUCUUGCAGUUCUGGGAUAAAGGCGUCGAUCGCGCUCAACUUCUCCUUGGCAACGCAAGACAGAUCAAUACUAUAGUCAAGGCCACUUUCCCCAGCUCUGAUUUUGAGCAUGACCCGAGCGUUUUUCUGUCAGCUUGCACUGGCCUAUCGACCGGCGAUGAGCUAGCGUGCGAUUGGAAAAGAAUCCUUCAAAUUGUGGCAGCAUACAACGAGGAAUUCAUUGCCGAUGUGGGCCUCAAUCAUCUCCUCGAAUUCUGCAGAAAGGCACAAGAUGUAAUGAGCAGCACCGCCAGCAACUACGACGUCUCGCGCCUUAUCAUAGGAUGCUCUAUUGCGUCCGUCUCCGUCGUCCUCACACUUCUUUCGAUGAUGAGGUCAUUGUCUAAGCCCAACUCGACCGGUGUUUUCUUCGCCCUUUACGUACUACUAUAUGGCAUCAUGAUGUUCGCGAGCAGCUAUGUGGAAGAAGAGCAACACUUCUGGUAUUGGGCUACCUCGGCCUGGUUCUUCUACCUCUUUAUCUAUAGAUCCCGAAAGAAAGAGCAAGAGUCCUUCGCCCUGCACCCGGCACUCAUGCUACUCAUAUGUGUCCGCAUUAUGCGCCGCUGGAACCAGACAGGCCAAAAGUACGCCGGCGCGCCUGACAUCGUUCACAGCGACUUCCUCAACAACCCGUUGAUGCUAUGGAGUCUCAUCGGCGCAACAUAUCUCGCGACCACGCUUCGCUUAUCUCGACAAGUAGCAAGAUCUGUCUCCGAAUCCGAAGAUGACUCUGAAAACGGCAUUUCCGAAGCCCAUAAGUUAAUUGGCGCUCUUGUGAUGAUGCCACUAGGAUUCACAGCUUUCCUCUUCAAGCUUGGUUUCACAGCGAAAGAUGCGCCCGAGCUAGUUGAGGGGAUGACUAGCGCGUUACUAGACUGGGUGGACAGUUUGUCCCUCGUUGCGAUCUCAAGAGCCAUAUUCUGGGGGAUCGGAGGAAGCCUUCUCUGGCUUACUAUCAACGAGUGGAGAAAAUCGAGGGCGAGGAAGGGUGCACGGGGAAGUGGGAGUCUCGCUGCCUCUCUAUUCGACUUCCUAAGCCUCUUCCUAAUUACUCAAACUCGAGCACAAAACAUCCCCCUUUACCUCCUCUUCCGCGCGAUGCUUUUCUUCCUCGCACACCUCGGCCUCACACCCACCCAGAUAACGCUUUCCACUCUUGUUCUCUCCCACGUCUCUUUCUUUGCCCUUGGGAAUAGCAACGCCAUCUCCUCCAUUGACCUCUCAAACGCUUACAACGGCGUCUCGGGUUACAACGUCCUCGCCGUCGGCUUCAUGCUCUUCGCCUCAAAUUGGGCAGGGCCAAUCUACUGGGCCAGCUACGGGACUCUACUCCUCUCGGUUCACGAUAGCGACAUCGCCGAAGCUAGUCAGACUCACGAACAACAAGACAAGAAAAUCAAAUCAUGGGUCGCUGCUGAGCGCCAGCAGUUGCAUAGUUUAGCUGUUGCAACCUCGACGCCUAAUAAGAAUGAGAAGGUGGGGGAAAAUGCGAGCGGGGAAGAGAGAUUGUUCUUCAACCAUCUAGCCCUCUUGACGCUAUUUACGGCUACGGGUUUGCUGGCAGUGCAGGUCGCUUGCACGGUGCUUCGCACGCAUUUAUUUAUCUGGACGGUGUUUAGUCCGAAGUAUCUGUACGCGAUGGCGUGGGGCCUGGCUUUUCAUUUGGGGAUUAAUGUGGGGUGGGGCAGUGUGGUUUGGUGGGUUGGACGAUGGUGAAGAGAGUUGGGAUCGAAGGCAGAAGAUGGAGAAAAGGCUGCGUCUUACAUAUGCGCGCAUUGCUGUAAGAGGAGGGUUUGAAAGUUUGUUAUAGUAGGGCCCUUGGAGCUUAUGGCCAAGGCAAUCAAGACACUCAUUCAUUAACACUGCAGCUGAACGGUUUAUUCGGAGGCGGAUUCUACAACUCAUCGCUUAUAAGAGUGUCUGAAAACCUGAAACGCGACGCUGCGGGAGCUAUGUCGAGCUAAAUCACGAGUUUUAUGGACAGCGUCGAUCUGCUCAUAUUCCUAGCACCGCAACGAAACACCAUGGAACCCUGAG